AUGGGACGCCAUACUGGAGUUGGACAGAGUCGAUACAUGUGGGGGAGAAUAUGUCUGAUAACAAUAGAAGAUUUCUUCGAUGAUCUGAUCCGAGAGGCUGCCAAGAAGACAGAAGGCUUCUCAGGUCGAGAGAUAGCGAAACUAAUGGCCAGUGUUCAAGCAAUCGUGACAGGACUACCCAUGGCAACAAACCGAACAUCACCCUGUACGCCUUCAAAGUAUCGAGGUAACGCUGCAAAGGCAACCCAACCCAAGCCAGUCCACAAAUGGCAAUUCGACAGCGACAAUACGAAGCUGUUUCUUCAACUCAUCAUUGCUGAAAUGGAAGGUGGUAAUCGACAACCGUGCGGAUUGUCCAUGGCAGGGUAUAAGAAUGUAGCAAACAAAUUUCUCGAGAAAACCGGCCUACUAUAUUCAGCCAAACAAAUGAAAAACAAGUUUGACAACUUGAAGAAAGAUUGGGUCGCCUGGAAAAAGUUGGAGAAUGCCAGCCACGGCUUCACAGGGCUUGGGUACGACCAUGAGACAGGCUUGAUCACUGCACCUGACCAUUGCCGAUGUGCUAAAUUCAGGACUAAGCCGCUGGAGCAUGUGGAUCUCAUGGAGCGGGUGUACUCUGGCGCAGCAGCGACUGGGAAACAUGCAUGGACUCCAACAGAAAUGCAAGAUGAUGCUGCUGCUGCGACCAAUGCCAUGGACGUGGAUAGCGGGAUGGGACCUCUCAGUGCUGACACACCACCACAGCGGGGCCAUGACACUGUCGGGGAGAAUGUGGUUGAUAGUAGCCUAUUUGAGGAUGCUCCCCCCCAGUCAGUCGUGGACGGAUCAGCCAAUCCAAAACGACGCAAGCGGUCAACGCCUGGUACUGUUGCUAGCAGCAUGGACAAUCUGGUGGAAGUUUUGAGCAAACAAAGUAGGGAAAUGAAAAUCACACAGUUCGUUGUCAUGAGUAAAAGUGACAACACAGUGGGGGACUGUCUUGCACGGCUUAUGAGCACGCCUGGAUUAGAGCCAGGUGGUAAGUUGUUCUCAUUCGCAUGCGGUAUAAUGGAUUCACCCGAUAAUCGGGACAUCAUCAUGGCUCUCCCCCAAAAUUACAUUGUCAACUGGUUGACAGAGAAGCGUGCCUGCACCCCGGCCAAUGUUGGCAGGGAUCAUGACGGGGGGACACGGCUGUUCGGGAGUGGUGGUGCUGUUGACUUGGACUAG